UUCUACUUCAUAUUUGUACAAAGAAAUAAGCAUUAAAGUUAUCACUACUGUCGUGACUCUGAAAACUUUACCAUCUGUUAGUGGAAACAAAUCCAAUUCUGGAGAAAAUCGAGUGCGCCCUAAGAAUGAGCCAACUGCUGUCAAAUUAUUUGUAACCCCCACAGAAAAUCAACAGUUUAACCAUAUGGGAGUACAGUUGUUGCAACUGAUACGUAAUGGUAAUACAAAACAAGCAUUAGAACUGAUUGGUCAAAAUGCAGAUGUAUCUUUUUGUGACCAGGCUGGAUGGAGUGCUAUGCAUCAUGCAGCUUGUAAUGGAUUUGUAGAACUAUUAAUACAGCUGAGAGAGAACGGAGCUUCAGUUGACGCCUUAGAUUAUUCGAAUGAGACACCAUUACACAAGGCGUCGAGGAAGGGUCACGCUGAAGCGGCUAUAUUACUCAUUACGUUUGGCGCAGACUGUAGUGCUUUAAACAGUAAUGGAGAAACUGCAUUAGAGCUUGCGGUGAAAGCCGUCCAAACUACAGUUGUAGAAACUUUAUGCAUGCUUGGAGUUGAAGUUUUGUUGCAAGACUGGUCAUGGUCGAUGAUUGACGAAAACGAACUCAGUAAGAAACAGAAGAAAAUUAUAGAAAUAUUGCUUAAGCAGCAUUCUCGCAGUUCUGGAUAUACACAAAAAACAAUUCAGUUUGAAAUAGUUUAUCUAAAAGCCAGAGAAAACAAAUGCCUGGAUAAGCUAGGUGUGGAGAUAAUUGGUAAUGAUGAUGUUGAAGACGUAAAAGACAUUGAAAAUGAUGGCAUGGAUGGCGACGGUUUUUUUCUUUAUUGUGGUAAGAUGAAGUCAGAAUACUUUGAUGUCACGAACAGCCCUAAAGACAACAAUGAAAUUGUCAGUGAUAUUUAUGAAUGCAGACUGUGGUGUAACAAGCGGAAGACCCUGAGACUGAGUGUACGUCUGAACACUGUUCUCGCAAGCAAUGAGAAUCUCGUUAUAAUGUCCCCUGCUGAAAAGAUCGGACGAAUAGAUUGUAUUGACAAGUUUACCGAACACAAAAACCAAUCUAAACAUUAUUCUGUGGCAUGUGUCACUAUAAGUGUUAAGACAACUUCAGUAGCAUUCUACUUUGGAAAACAAAUAGAGCCGGAAAAGUUCAGCAUCGGAUCGGAAGCUGUAACACUGAAGCCAAAAGGAGAACCUGAAGCUGAAAUAAGUAUUCCAAAAGGUUCAUUUGAAUCAGGAGAAAUGUCUUUACAGAUUGUUGAUACAAAAGAAGUGAACAAAGAAGAAAAAGAAGAAGGAUCAGGAGAUUUGUUGACAACAAACAUAGUCGACAUAUCUAUGACUGAUGGUCAGCAACCAAAGAAAGAAAUUGGUAUAAAAAUUCCAAUCCAUCACAAGUUGUCUGAGGAUGAUGCCGUAGUUAUACUGGGAACGUCUUGUGAAUCACCUUGUUCUGUUGACGAUUGGGAAGUUAUGGAGGCAGAAAUGGACGAAUCUGGCAAAGCUGCUAUUUUUAGGAUACGUCAUUUUUCUAUCUAUGCUGGUUCAUCAAAAGAAAAAGUGAAAGAAGACUUACCUGGUAUUGUCGAUGCUUUGGAGAGAUCUAUAAACCGACAAAGAAAGAUUGAAUUCAUCUUGCUAACAAAAUGGGUAAACGCUAACACUUUACUCUUGGUGAUUGAAGGAACUGCUGCCAGGAAAUCAGACAGUAGAAUAAAAUAUUGGGCAAGACAAGGGUAUAAUGAAAAAUCAUUGAAAAGAAGCCAAGAAAGUCGUGUCAAAAAUGGGCAAAGAUAUAUGUUUACCUUUUUUGGAAACCUCGUAGAAGUAUCAAGAGAAGAGAGUUUUGCUUUAAUUUACCAAAACAACAGGGAUAAUUUCCGGAUGUUUAAUAUCUGUUUAGAUGACCCCAACAAAACAUUAACUGGAGAAGUCGAAAUAUCCCUUGAAAAUGAAGUUGAGCGUACAAUACCAUUGAAGAAGAGUGGUUUAUUUUCCUGUUGUAGUGCUCAAAGAGUAAAGAAAAUUACAAAUAUUGAGAAUGCAAGCUUGCAGACCAUUUCUUAUGAGGUCAUAAAACCAAAAGGACCAGUUAAACCAGCCAUGGAACUAAAAUGUUAUCCUGGCAUACUUUUACCAGUACGAGACAACGAACUUGAAUUUAAAGGAUGACGAGGGUAAUUCACAGAGGCGGACUUCACAUGUGUGAAAAUAUUGGAAAUUUCUGUAAACAUUGCAAAAUUGUGACAAUAGUUUUUGUAAAAAUAUGUUUAUGUCUUAUUUACUUGAACAAUAGACCGAACAAAGAUAAUUUUGGUCUAACAAUACUUAAUUAUAUGACAUUUGUUUUUUUUUUAUAUAUUUCAAACUUCAUAUACUUUAUAACACUAAGAUAUAGCAUGACCAGCACGUGUGCUAUAAACGAACAUGAAACUAUUGAAGCAACCAUGUUUAUAAUCAGUUUAAGUAUGAUUGGUGUUACUCAGUCAUUCUGUAGUGUUUUGUUUCAUUAUUUAUGGACUUUGUUUGGUUUUUGUCAUUUUACCUUUUUUUGCCAACAGCACUUAUUCCGUCUGUCCAUCCAAAACAUAUAAAUGUGCAUAGUUCGUGGAAUGUGAAGCUCAAACAGUUUUUCUUCAGCAUUGUUCAACCUUCGCAUAGUGAUCAAACACAGAUCGAAUAUAAGCACCUCCUAUUUUGGGCAGAUUUUAAUUAAGUUUUUAGGAGAUUAACAUAGUCCAUGUUUUACAACAAAUGCUAGAGGGCAUCUAGUAUGUGUCAUGUAACUCCAAGAAGUUCCCUUCAGCAUAAUUUAAUUUUGCAUUUGGUGCAAAAUGGAUAUUUUGUUCCUCAAAACUUUAGAAAUUACUUAGCAGAUUUUUUGCCCAAUUGCGCUGAAACUUUUAUUCGAUGACACAAAUAUAAGCGCACACAUGGUUUGCUUGGAUCACUGGAUAUUAAGAUAGAGUUAUAUAUCUGUGUAUUGCAGAUCAUUUGAAUGUAAAUAAAUUUGGAUAGUAUAAUUUAUUUCGUAAAAUACCCUUAAAGUAGUAUACAAAUCUUGUGUUAACUAGUUAUAACUGCCUUCAGUGCUAUAAAGAUAAAACCAUUAUUUAGCCUGAGAAUUGAUGGCAAAUCAAUGCAUAUUAUUGGUUGUACCUAUGACAAUCGAUGAAACUAUUAUACCUGAUUUUUUUACAAUUUUAUAUGUCGCUUAAGGUUGUUCUUGAAAACAGCUGCAGCCUGCGACACAGAUCCAGACACGGUAUUGAUCUUGUUUCCUUAAUAUAAUAGUUUUUCUUUUCCUUUGACAUAAAUGUUGAAUGCCCACUUUGAAUAUCUUCUUAUUUUGUGUUAUAUGAUUUUAGUUUAUUGUCGUUUUUUUAAUUGAUUAAGACACUUGCACGUCACGUUUUACAAUGACUUGCCUAACCAUAAAUAAUACUUUUGAAAGUAAGCAAAGUAUAAAUCCAUCCAAUUUUCCAAAAGUGAAAUAAAGUAUUAGUUGUCUCAGCUACAUUUAUUUGAAUGUUAAAAUAUGGUAAACCUUAUCAUUUUACUUGAAAAAGUUCGCUCAAUUAAUAACCAAUCUUCUAGUUGUUAUAAGUUUCCAUCUAUCAAAGGUUUAACUAGUUACAUUUCGUACUAUCACAAUUAUUGUAUCCAUAUUAUUUUUCGCACUUUCAAUAAUAAUUCACAAUGAAGUUUUGCAAUAGUUUGACUUUCAGUUUUCAAAUGAUCUCGUUUAUAGAAUUUUGUUAACAAAAAUAAAAUUUUAAAAAGAU